AUGUACUUUUUUCAGGUUCCUGACGAAGUUGAACAGUUAGAUCAGCUUAGAAAAGCAACAGGAGCCAAGGUGACGAAACUCGUAGAGGCGGAGUCGUCUCGCAUCGUUAACGUGGACGGCCAGGUGCAAGCUUCAAGUAACAAGGAGAAAGCUGUGAAGGACGCCAAGACCGGAGCGACGCUUGUGAGCGUCAAGGAGAGCUCGCAGUUGGAACAGCGCGGCCCGGGUGAACGGCCUCACAGCGUGUCACGCACGCAACUAGACGUGCCGGCGCUAGGCAUCCACGAAACCAAGGUCGAGGACUCCAGUAACAACAACAACCUGCAGAGGCAGCUGCAGCUGCAGCAGCAACUGCAGCAGCAGCAGCAGCUUCUUCCGGGUCCUGGCCCCGUCGAGAAAAAGAACUAUGUCCCUUACUCCUGGAACGCAGAGGAAUCGGACCGUACCGACUACACCCCUACUGACCUGGCUGAAUACAUCCUGAGGACAGGAGACGAAGAAGGAGUCGCCAUGGCUGUGGAAGAGUUGCUCAGGCAAGGAAUGAUGACGCGAGAGGAGGCCAUCGUGUACCUGCAAGACGUCAAGGCAGAAAUGAACUACAUUCGCGCUCAGCAGGAGAAGCUGCGCAAAAUCCAGGAGCUGCGCGAGGCAAUCAACAUGAAGAAGAAGGACGAAUUCAAGGCGCAGCGUCGUCUGGGUGAAGCUCUCCGCACACGGGAAAUGGAGCACUCGCCCAAGGCCCCAGUCGCCUCCAAAUCAUCGCAGAAGGCAGGCCAAGCUCCUAACGCCAAGGUGGCGGCGGCAGAAAAACCAAAGUCUCCCGCCGCCAAGCCCGCAGUCUCUAAGGAAGUGACGCCGCAGGGAGCGUCAAAGGCUGGAGGAAGCAGCAAGGCGGCCGGUUCUCCGAGCCUCUCAACUCCCGCAAAGACCACCGGAGAAGACAAGAACAAGGCGUCGGCGUCACAGCACCAGGCCUCGGCUUCGUCAAGCGGAACAGAAGCUGAGAAACGCGGCGGAGAGAGGCUGAUGCUGCCUGGUGGUCUGGCGCCCAACAAGCUGAGCGUGCUGGAGCUCGAGCGACUGGGAGAAGAGCAGCGAGUCCGGUCAGCGCAGCAGCAGGCCGAAGAAGACGUGCUGGGCGCGCUGAAGAAGCUGCGAGGCUCAUCGCUGUAUGACGAGUACACGCUGGAGGAGAUCAUCUACUGGCUCGCCAAGGACAUGUUUGCCCACAGCAUUGUCAAGGGGGAUCAGAGUGCCGAAGAAGCCUUAGCGAGGUUUGCCAACUUUGUGGAAACCGAGGUGUCCCAAAACAAGCUGUCUGGUGAAGUUGAGAAGAAAGUUCUCGACAUCAUGCUCGCUGCCCUGGUGGACAUGCUUCGGGAGUUUCCCAGCGCUCAGUACAGCGGUCCGGCGUCGAACCAGCUUCCUCAGCGGCUCUUUCCAGAGGCCACCGAGCAUCAGGCGGCCAAGCUCGCCAACGCCAGGGUUAGGAACGCCGCCAUCCGGCUCCGAGAGGAAAAGAAAAAGACGAUUCCAGCGGUGAUCAAGCACAAGGAAGUUCCCACAGCCUCUCAGAAGUCCUAAGAUUCACGCUGCGAGAAGGCCAGCUGUGCGGAGUGCUUACCAUGACACUGUCGAUGACCGUGACAACACUUCACCGAAUCUUCCGAAUCGUCCCACACCCGAUCUCUGACCUGUAGCCAGAUGCUCUAGAGUCCUCGAACCCCUACGCCAACGCCAAAUCCCUUCCAUCGUUUGCCUGUAUACAAGCUAUUCUACAACUGAACGUAUCGAAAUAUCAGGAUAGCUUCAUUGCCAUCUGGCACCCUCUCCCCGACUACGCUAAACUUAAACCUGUCUUUUCUUUUCUAGAAAAUGAGAAAGGGUAAAAAAAAAUGACGACGAGCAGUCGACUGAAAGGAGCAACCUGUCGCUUCUGUAUAGGUAUACAAGUCGUGUUCGUGAACACCUUCGUAUCAUUCAACGGUGUGCGUGAUAUAUCUAUAAAUCUCUACUGUGGUUGUGUUAUGCACUGUUGGUAGCGACAUUGCACUGUUAAUGAAUUCCAGAAGAGAAUUUUUUGCUCGCUCAUUUUUUUCGAGACGAGACGCAAGGCCAUGCUUUUUAUUUUUCCUUUACUUUGAUUAUGUAAACACGCGCCGUGCAAUGUCGUCGUUCGCUUCUGAUAUAGCCGUCAAAGGUAUAGAUCCUCUUGUAGAUUGAAAGACCGUUCGAACUAUCCUUCGCUGCCUAUCACAUUGAUGACUUUUUAAGCAAUUAGACUCUUGACGCAAAUAGGUAUUGUGAAUAUCAAAUUUAUUCCAAACGGGCAGUUCAAUGCUCGUAACUAGUCAGUGAGUAAACGUUACGGUGUUCUGCGCAAUGAAACAAAAAGGUAGAGAAGCGGGCGGCUAAAAGAUGGCGGUUGACUGAUGCGUUUGGAAAAAAAAGGAAACACCGAUGAGGUGAAGCGAGUAAUUCUGUGUAUCUAGAUAGGGGCAGUGUCAUAUAGGUAUGCUGUACACCUCUAUUUCUAUCUUCCUUCUUUGGUCACAAAAGACCACGUGGUUAUCAAUAUCGGUGCUUUGUUCAAUCUGUAUAAAGCACGUAAAUCGCACUUGUGAAGCAACUGACAAAACUUGGGCAAUCUGUUAUUGAUUAGGCACAAUUUUUGCUUGUUUCACCGUUGAAAAAGCAAAAUAAGGCGCAUAUAUAUAUAUAUAUAUAUAUAUAUAUAUAUAUAUAUAUAUAUAUAUAUAUAGUGCAGCUAGUUUUACAGGGUUCAAGAAUUCUUUUACAAUACAAAGUCAGAACUCCGACUAAAAUGUCACUCAAGGAAACCGUAGUCAUGAAAGAAACGAAAACAAAAACAAGAUCGAAAAACGUUCUUCACAGUUGAUAUGCUUAUGAAAAAAAAAGAAACACAAUUCCUUCCCUUUGUUGUUGGUUGAAUGCUAUUUUUAGAACCUUUUUGCGAUUGUUGACCUUGAUGGAAGGACGCUAACGUUGUUUGCUGACCACCUGGAAACGUGGUCGACGGUAAAGCGGCAACUAAAUGAAGCAUAUAUCAGACACAUUUUCGGCGAGACAUCACCAGGCAUCGACGAGCCCCCAUUUCAAGCCGAGCGCCAACCACGUUGUAGUGAAGACCAGGGGUGCUACUCUGAAUGCAGUCAAAUUCCGCCACGUUGGCGUUUUGAGCCAAUAAGGCAGGUCUUAUUGCAGCCCUGUGAGCAAAUCAGAACUGACAAGAUGGCAAAUUCGAAAAUAUGGCGAAAUUUCGACGAUGCCCAGAGUAGCACCCCGGUCGAUAUGUGAACCACGGAGAAGCAACCAGCACUACGGUAAACACAUUUUCGCUCUGAGCAGAAUGAGCGCUCCGGUGCCGGGCGAUGCCAGGCCGCUGACGCGUCUGAAAUACGUCCCACGUGGCUUGCCGCUUUGAUAAGACGCGGUUGCACUGAAGCGAGACAUGUAGAUAAACAGGAAAAGGAGAACCCACGUUGACAUCAAACCUUUUUCACGCAGCUCCUCCUGAUGCUUAUAUCGUAAUGGACUCGUGCGUAUUUUGUAAACGUAGUCGGAUUGAUUUUAGCGGUUGUUUUCUCUCCCGCAGCGGCGCCGCCGACGAGCCGUCGCCCACUGUUUUCACUGACAAUGGUCAUAUCAUGAAUGUUGUACAAUUUCGGCUAAAAUAAAGUCACCGAAAAG